GGUUGGCGCAGAACCCAUCGGGAACGUAAGGAACAGUAUAUCCGAUCGCUGGAGACGGAAGUGUCCCGGUUGCGAGAGGCCUACACGCAGGAGAUCUCAGCGGCCAAUCUAACGGUCGUGCAACAUCGAGACAUGGUGCAAACGCUCUCAGACGAGAAUACUAUCCUGAAAGAAAUCCUCGUGGCCCAUGGUAUCAAUUUCGAGCCGGAACUCGAACGUCGCAAGGCGGAACGCGGGAGCAUGGGCUAUCAUUCGAGUCCUUUUGCCAGUAGCAGUGUCGCCUCGCAGCCGAGCAACGUCGCCCCUAACGGAGGUGCCGUCUACACCACGCCGCCGACGACGGUCUCUGCCAGCUUGAGUCCGAGUACCCAUGGACUCGAGCAGAUCGAUGUAUCGCCCACUCAGGAGCUGGCGCCGCCUCAAUCAGCCUAUCAGGCCGCUCCCUGUGACGCCUUGGCCACUCUCGAUCAGAUCGCUCCCGCCAGCCGCGCCCCGAUCCAGCUACCCGGCAUCUUCGAGGCGGAUCCUCAGCUACAAAUCGAUUUCAUCUUGACACUGGAAUCGCCCUGUCGAGAACACACCGACUACCUCUGCCGCCGAUCGAUCACCGAGGCGGACGAUGAAGACAUGCCGUUCUCAGGGCAUGCGCUGAUGGCCACCUGUCCACCUCCCAGCUACAUCGCCACGACGACGAACGAGCAAACCUACCCACACAAGACGUACGACCUGCCGCACGUCAAUCUGACCACGCUCCUCAAUCUCAGCCGACAAUUGGUGACGGAGGGGCAGAUCACGCCGAUCAUGGCGCUGCAAUGCCUUAAAAAUCACCAACUCUAUGGUCGGUUGACUCGGGAAGACGUCAAAAUCGUCAUCGAAACCCUCAAUACCAAGGUCCGCUGCUAUGGUUUUGGGGCCGUGGUGGAAGACUUUGAGCUUAUGGAUUGCCUCACCAGUGUGCUGGAUACGAAAGCCGAGCAGCACGUCUGCAAUCCGGGCGAUGAUCUAUCCUAAUAUGAUGGGCACUGGUGAGCAAAAGUACUACCGGAGUCCAGGAUCUCUCUUUCCCGCCCCUCUUGUUUCCCCUCUCUCUUUUCCCUUCUUCCAACGACAUUGUACAUAAUCGGCGGUGAUCCGUCAGGGUUCCUGUUUCUGUUCCGUUUGACGCCAGCCUGACAUGCGCCUGGCCUCCCCAUUCCGUGGUCUCGUCCCACCUCUCUGUUUUUGUCGGCGGGUGGCUGCGUAAUGGGAGCUGCUGUGUUCGAACUCAGCUCGCACCACCACGCCCUGUACAACCAACUGUGCAACACUGAAGAUGUCCUGUAACGCAAUGUGAUGAUGACUACUAGAUAUAUGCAGUAUUUUCUAUUUCCUCUG